GCUUUUUAAGCUUUUUAUCGUCAUCUGCAUUGCAUUCAAUUUGAAGGGCAGCCGGUUCUAGACACCCUCAGAAAAACAUUCAGGUGCUCUCAACAACACCAACAUGGACCGUCCACUCCGUUCCGCUCUCCGGAAACCCACCUCAACAUCACCUUCUGUUCCACCAUCUUCAAGCCCCACCUCACAAAUUCCAUCAGACGCGACGACAAGCCACGAUCUUGCGUCAUCUUCACAGACAGGACCGGCCAUCUCGUCUGCAGCUGACGAUGUACCGAAGAAGCCUAGGAAACAAACCGGGACAGUGCCUUCCUCGCCACCAGUGAUAUGCAUGACGGCGGGAGAGUCGUUGGCGGCGCAAGCGAAAUGUGUGAAGCAAGGCUUGGUGGACGCGUUCGCUUUCCCGCCCGCUUUCAUUACCAUAUACGGGUCAAAAACGAUUCAACAAAACGUCUUGAAGUGUGUGCUUCUGAACGGGCUUAUCUUCUUGGGUUCAGUCUUCUUGUUCGAUGUGGCGAUCCUGCCGAUAUCUCGACGGCUCCGGACGGGUGUUUUUACCGUCACAGGAGGAGCAGAUAUGAAGGACUCUGGGAGGUGGUUUGAUACGCUGUUUGUGUUGACCUAUUAUACAUUUUGGGUGUACCCAAUCUACAUCGUCACAUUCGUUCUGAAUGCGAUGUGGUAUCAGAAGAUAGCCGAAAGAUCAUUUCGCGUGCAGGUCGGAAAACCUGUGACAGUGGCUUUCAGCUACCAAAGACUCAUCACUCUCCUUACAAGCGAAUCCUAUCGUGCCCUUCUCCUCCUGAACUUCCUGAUCCAGUCCGCCCUGGUCUACUUCAUUCCGAUCUUUGGGCCCCCGCUCAGCUUCGUAUGUUUCUGCUGGUCGGCAUCGUUUUACGCGUUCGAGUAUCGAUGGGGGCAGAAAGGGUGGACGCUGGAACAGCAGAUUGAGCAUUUUGAGAGGCAUUGGGCGUACUACUUUGGGUUUGGAUUCCCAUGCACGUUGCUUACAUUCUUCUUUCCACAAAUCGUAAGUCAAGGGUUAUUCGCGCUGAUAUUCCCUCUGUACAUUAUCCUCUGCAACCGCGCGUCACCACUCCCGAAACCGAACUGGCAGAUCCAUCAUAGGUUCCUGCCAGAACGAUUACCGAUAUUUAGGCUGGCAGUGAUCACAAAUGGGAUUUGCUUGCGGCGUUUGGGGCAGAAACGUCGCGUGCGUGCGGGCUGAGCGCACUCCGGCUGUCAGACGACGUGAGGGGCAAGCAUUAUGCCCGGGAGAUGUUCAGGGGAGACGGCGUAUGGGGGAAACGCAUUAAGCAGGCGUUUGGAUGACCGAAGAGUUUUUGGGCAAAACGCGGACGAGUUUGGGCAACGAUUGGCAUCUGGAACGCCCGUCCCUGGGUGCUUUCCUUGUCGCCUCUUCCACAUGUAGAUCAGUUUUGUUGUCAGCUCUGGCACGUUGUUUUGGUACCUGACUGAAUCAAAGUGUCAAAGUGAAAGGUAGUUGAUGUAUCAAGUGAUUAGUUAGAUGAGCAUGCUAAUGGUAUGA